GUGACCACGAAUUUCUCCCUUCCGAGCUCCCAAGCGAACGCCAACGCUCAGUUCAACUGCCGUGCAGCUGCUGUCGACGCCUGCGACCCGGCUCGUAGCGACCAGCGUCGCAACAUAUCACUCCCUACAUCUUAUCGUACUCCUCCCGGUUCCGGCUUGGUAAUCCACCAUGACCAACCCUCCUGGUGCAUUGAGGAAGAAGAUUAGAGUGACUGUUGUUGCCGCAGACGGCCUGUCGAAGCGCGAUGUAUUUCGCCUCCCGGAUCCCUUCGCGGUCAUAACAGUCGACGCGGAGCAGACCCACACAACCAGCGUCAUCAAGAAGACGCUGAACCCGUACUGGAACGAGUCCUUCGAUAUUACCGUCAAGGACUCAUCAGUCGUAGCCGUCCAGAUCUUUGACCAGCGCAAGUUCAAGAGAAGGGACCAAGGAUUCCUUGGAGUUGUCAAUGUCCGGGUCAGCGAUGUGCUCGAUCUCGAGCUGGGUGGUCACCAAAUGCUCACCAUGGAUUUGAAGAAGUCCAACGACAACCUUGUUGUCCACGGCAAGCUCAUUCUUUAUCUGUCCACCAACGUCAACCAGCCCAUAUCCAACCCUGGGCCCUCCCAGGUCAAUGGCCUGUCCACCGCACUCGCCGACAUGGGCAUCUCCCACGGGCCUUCCCCGUCCGCCAGUACCUCGAACCUCGCCGCCUCAGCGGGCGCCACGCCGAAUUCCCUAUCCCGGACUCCGAGUUCCCACGGCCAGGACACAGCUACUGGUGGUAUAGCCAUGCCUACUCCGAGUUUGGCACCUGCCACCACUUCAGACGCGGAGCAGGCCACAUCUCCUACACAGCCGUCCCCCACCUCCCGCCCCGCGAGCCAGAACGAAGCCUCAGCGCAACCUCAGGCUACACCCGCAGCUCAGCAGGCCGUUCCUCCGACCUCUCCCAGCCAGACCACGAACAAUCAGCAACAGAUGCGGAACUUCAACCCGAACGUUGACCAGUAUGGACCAUUGCCCAAUGGCUGGGAGCGCCGGAUCGAUCCCCUUGGCCGCACGUACUACGUCGAUCACAACACCCGUACAACGACCUGGAAUCGCCCUUCGUCCAACCAGACGGUCAACGACAACGCUCAGAACAGCGAAACGAAUGCCGCACGCGAUCAACAUGCGCGUCGCAUCCUUGCCGAUGAUCUGCUGGAGGCUAACAGCAACAACGCCGCCGGGAACAGCGUAUAUCGCACGCCGUCGGCGGCCGCCUCUACGACGCCGUCACAAAUCUCGGCUAACAACAAUGUCACAACCGCUGGUUCCGGUCAACUUCCCCAUGGCUGGGAGGAGCGGUAUACGCCCGAAGGUCGCCCGUACUAUGUCGACCACAACACGCGCACAACGACCUGGGUGGACCCGCGUCGGCAGACCAUCAUCCGUGUCAUGGGUCCUAACGGCCAGGGCUCCGCCCUCCAGCCGCAGACGAUCUCGCAGCUCGGCCCGCUCCCCUCGGGCUGGGAGAUGCGCCUGACGUCUACCGCGCGCGUCUACUUCGUCGACCACAACACGAAGACGACGACGUGGGACGACCCGCGCCUGCCGUCGACGCUCGACGCGAAUGUCCCGCAGUACAAGCGCGACUUCCGCCGGAAGCUCAUCUAUUUCCGCUCCCAGCCGGCGAUGCGGGCUCAGCCCGGGAACUGCCAGAUCAAGGUCAGGCGGAACCACAUCUUCGAGGACAGCUACGCGGAGAUCAUGAGGCAGACGCCGAACGACCUGAAGAAGCGUCUGAUGAUCAAGUUCGAUGGCGAGGACGGUCUGGAUUACGGUGGCUUGUCGAGGGAAUUCUUCUUCUUGCUCUCGCACGAGAUGUUCAACCCCUUCUACUGCUUGUUUGAAUACUCAGCCCACGACAACUAUACCCUCCAGAUCAACCCCGCUUCCGGUGUCAACCCGGAGCACUUGAACUACUUCAAGUUCAUCGGUCGCUGCCUCGGUCUUGGCAUCUUCCACCGCCGAUUCCUCGACGCAUACUUCAUCACCAGCUUCUACAAGAUGAUCCUGAGGAAGAAGGUCACGCUGGCUGAUCUGGAGAGUGUUGACGCCGAGCUUUAUCGCGGCAUGGUCUGGAUGUUGGAAAACGAUAUCACGGAUAUCAUAGACGAGACAUUCACGACCAUGGAGGAGCGCUUCGGCGAGAUGGUCACCAUCGAGCUGAAGCCUGGAGGCGCGGAUGUUCAGGUUACGGAGGAAAACAAGAAGGAAUACGUCGACCUCAUCGUCGAGUACCGCAUCUCGAAGCGCGUCAAGGAGCAGUUUGAGGCCUUCAUGUCCGGCUUCAGCGAGCUCAUUCCGCUCGACCUGAUUACUGUCUUCGACGAGCGCGAGCUCGAGCUCCUCAUCGGCGGCAUGUCUGAGAUCGAUGUUGACGAUUGGACCAAGUUCACCGACUACCGCGGGUACGAGAUGAACGACGAGGUGAUCCAGUGGUUCUGGAAGUGCGUGCGCAGCUGGCCGCCCGAGCGCAAGUCGCGCCUGCUCCAAUUCGCCACCGGUACCUCGCGUAUCCCCGUCAACGGCUUCAAGGACCUCCAGGGCUCCGACGGCCCGCGCCGCUUCACCAUCGAGAAGUCCGGGGACCCGUCGCAGCUGCCCAAGAGCCACACGUGCUUCAACCGCAUCGACCUGCCGCCGUACAAGGACUACGCGAGCCUCGAGCAGAAGCUGACGCUUGCGGUAGAGGAAACCGUCGGCUUUGGCAACGAGUAAGCGACUCGUUGGACGUACAGACAU